GCACAGAUCGCCUGCUCAAAAAGCUCUGUGUGAUUUUGUCCUUCACUGUCUCCCGCCCCCUGACUCUCACGGCUCUGUCACUGGUGGAAGUUCCUGGUCAGCUCCGCGGGGACAUCUGGACCUGUGGGUUUGUCUCUGGUCCGGGUCAGACUGUGGGGUCUCUGUGCGCCCCGCGCGCUGUCGCUCGUGUCCAGCUCUGCUCAUCACGCUCCGGCUGCACAGCUCUUAGCACGAGGGCUAAUCACGCACGGGCUCUCCACGCACGGGCUAACACGCACGGGCUCUCCACGCACGGGCUGGUGGUGUUGUGAUCCGGACCUGUCUUCAUCUCGUGGUUAUGUUCUUCCUCGCGCUCUGCUGAAACAGAACCUCUGCGUCCCUCGUCCCGGGAGCUGCCAUGGAGUGUCGUGUCCUGUCCAUCCAGAGCCAUGUAGUCCGGGGAUAUGUGGGCAACAAGAGCGCGUCUUUCCCCUUACAGGUUUUAGGCUUUGAGGUGGACUCCAUAAACUCCGUGCAGUUCUCCAACCACACUGGAUACAGCCAUUGGAAAGGCCAGGUGCUGACGGCAGACGAGCUCCACGUUCUUUAUGAGGGAAUCAAACUGAACAACGUGCACCAGUAUGACUAUGUUUUAACAGGGUACACCAGAGACACAUCGUUCUUAGAGAUGGUGGUAGACAUCGUUCAGGAGCUAAAGAGAGCCAACCCCAACCUGGUCUAUGUGUGUGACCCAGUCCUUGGUGACCACGGCUCUAUGUACGUGCCGCAGAAUCUCUACCCCGUCUACAAGAACAAGGUGGUUCCGGUAGCGGACAUCAUCACUCCCAAUCAGUUUGAGGCUGAGUUGUUGACCGGGAAGACGAUCAGCUCCCAGAAGGACGCUGUGGAGGUGAUGGACCUUCUUCACGCCAUGGGCCCCGACACCGUGGUCAUCACCUCGUCCGACCUGCCGCCCAGAUUAGGAGACCGCUUCCUGGUGUCACUGGGCAGCCAGCGCCAUGUUCAUCCGGACGGCAGCCGGACGACCGAGAGGGUCAGAAUUGAAAUGCCAAAGGUGGACGCUGUGUUUGUUGGAACUGGAGAUCUGUUUGCUGCGAUGCUGUUAGCGUGGACGCAUCACUAUCCUAACGACCUAAAGACCGCCUGCGAGAAGACCUUUUCUGUGAUGCAUCAUGUGAUCCAGAGGACGAUAUCGUACGCUCACGAGUUGGCAGGUCCCGGCCGAAGACCCAGUCCGCCUCAGCUGGAGCUGCGCAUGGUUCAAAGUAAAGCUGACAUAGAAGACCCAGCUAUAGUUGCGGAGGCCACGCUCAUAUCCUAACAGUACCCACCUCUGAGACUCACGCCAGUGUUUGCCACCAUAGACCUCUUAAUAAAUUCAACAUCAUAGUUUCUCUUCAUCUGUGAACCUGGAUGUUCCCACUUUUGUCCUUUUAUCCUUUACACUAUCCCUUUAAGUCCAUAGUGUCCUUCCCCUUUAAAGAGGCCUUUGCCAAGAGCGCCAUUUUGUGAGCCAUAGUCAGAAAGUUUGUGAAUUUAACUAUUUUAGUGUGAACAAGUCCAAACUCAGUAGUGCCAAUCUUUACAAAACAAAUGUAUAAUAGUGUGUGUUCAUAUUAACAAACCACACCACAGACUGUAUAAAGUCUGACCCACAGACGCAGACUCAUGACUGCCACGCCAUGAGACCACACCCUUUCUUUCAAUGGCUCCGCCCUCUUCCUACUUCUCCUACUGCUGUGUUGUAAUAGUGACCAAGUCAUACCCUUAGGAUUAAAUCCAAAACAAAUAGACAAAAAAAACGCACAUGUAAAGUUGAUGUAUCGGUGUUGUACUGAAGCUGUAUCACACAUUUUGUCGAUAUUUUACUAGAAGCUAAUAGGACCCACACAGUUGCUUCAGUUGUGGCCUGCAGCAGCUCCGUCACCUGAAAGUCUUCAUCUCAAUAAAAACACAAGCUGAUUUAUCCACGAGGUCAGCACUGAGCCCAGAAGCCCACAGACCGCAUGGCCCACGACAGACAGAUGGGCCACUAGAGUCAGGGGCCCACGCGUCCUGGACAUUCUGGGAAAACCUGAAAAAUAAUUGGCCAAAAAGUCUCCACACUUUGCUUUGCUGCUUAUUGGAUAGCAAAGACUUUUACUGCCACCUACUGGAGCAGUUGUGUUUUUCAGCUGCUCAGGGAGGACUUUGGUGUCACACAGAGUCGUUCUAUUUACUAGACUCACAAAAACCGUUUAAACGAGGAGAGUGAGGCGUCCACACUUCAUUACCUGCGUGUUUAAUGUCAGUCCAUAUGAUGAUCACAUGACUAAGUGCGGCGUGUUUUCCUUGAUGUAGAAUUUGCACUGCAGCUGUGGACUUUAGGUGCAGCUUUGACUAUGUGUUUUUGUAAAUUCCAGGAUAUUUUAGUUAUGCAAUUCUGACAAAGUCCUGGAAAAGUCCAGGAAUUGACUGUAAGCAAAGUGUGGGGAGCCUGAAAAUCUAAAACACUAAUAUUCACUCACCUGAGGGAUUAUUAGAAACACCAGACUAACACGGUGUUUGACCUUUCACCUUCAGAACUGCCUUAAUUCUACGUGGCUUUGAUUCAAGGUGCUGAUUCAUUCUUUAGAAAUGUUGGUCCAUAUUGAGAGGAGCAUCUUGCAGUUGGAGAUUUGUGGGAUGCACAUCCAGGGCUGAAGCUCCGGUUCCACCACAUCCCAAAGAUGCUCUAUGGGGUUGAGAUCUGGUGACUGUGGGGCCAGUGUAGUUCAGUGAACUCAUUGUCAGGAGAUUGUCUUGACCAGGACCACACCCCUAAAUGCACUGAAGCAACUGCCAUGUGAUUGGUUGAUUAGAUAAUUGCAUUAAGGAGAAAUUGAACAGGUGUUCCUAAUAAUCCUUUAGGUGAGUGUAGAUCAGCAGAAGAGAAUGGAGAAAAAUCAUUAUUUUUACAAUAUCCUUCAGUUUUAAGACGAGUGUUUUUGCCGUUUGUUGCAACGAUGUCAUACGAGUCAAAUAUAAAAACGUGGCCCCUGCAGAAUGUGGGUUCCUGGGCCCAGUUCCCCCUCUGCCUCCGCCCCAGCCUCCACCUCUGCCUCCACCUCGCUCGCUCAUACUGACUGUAGACACAUUUGUACUUGGUUGAAUUCUGAAAUCAGGCCUUGUUUCUGUCACGUGGUCAUGAUGAUGUUUGAGGAGAAUCAUGGGGAAAAACGUUCUGCUUUUAUAGUGCGUCAUUUACCAUGUCCAGGGCGGUGGUCACUGUCCGGGGCGCUGUGCGGGGCGGUGGAGGCGGUCACUGUGCGGGGCGGUGGAGGCGGUCACUGUGCGGGGCGUGGUCACAUACACAUAAGUACAUCAGUAUCACGGUGUACUGCAGCUCCAUAUCUUAGCUGUGCUCUGGUGCGUUUCUGAGCGUGUCGUUUGUCGGUGAGAGUGUGUUUCAUAUCAGACAGGUGACAGGGUGUGUGUGUGUGUGUGUGUGUGUGUGUGUGUGUGUGUGAUGUUGAAGGGGCCUGGAACACACGAGCUCUCACAAAAACCAUAGACCCCACGUAGUCUGACGCACAGUGAUGUAACCCUGACGGCGCACGGGGCGGUUCAGCUCCACCUGUGCGGUCGUUGUGGUGAAGGGACCAGUGUUUUGCCGCAUAGUGUGCCCUCUAGUGGUUGUCUUGUGUGGGUGCUGUGUGCGUAUUCAAUCAUUUUAUUAUUUUUUUACAAAAGAAAACCACAAACCGAUCUCCAAAGCUAAACUAGAAGCAAAGGGAGACAAAAUGACAUUCCUAAAGAUCUACAGUUUAUCUGAAAGGUUUUUGAACCUCGUGACCUGAGUCGGUCGUAUUUCUGCUCACGCUGCAGAUAUUCGCUUGUAAAUUUUAGAGAAAAACAUUCUUGUUCCAAAUUAACUUUAAUUUUGAAUCAAACAGACUACAGCGUCAUAAAAAUAAGUAGAAUUUGCUGUAGUACGGCUGUAGUACUGCUGUAUUACGGCUGUAUUACGGCUGUAUUGCGGCUGUAGUGCGACUGUAGUACGGCUGUAGUGCGGCUGUAGUACAGCUGUAGUGCGGCUGUAGUACUUUUGUAGUUCUGCUGUAGUUCUGCUGUAGUACGGCUGUAGUACGGCUGUAUAAUGGCUGUAGUACUUUUGUAGUUCUGCUGUAGUACGGCUGUAGUACUGCUGUAUUACGGCUGUACUACGGCUGUACUACGGCUGUAUUACGGCUGUAUUACGGCUGUAGUACGGCUGUAGUACUGCUGUAGUACGGCUGUAGUGCGGCUGUAGUACUUUUGUAGUUCUGCUGUAGUACGGCUGUAUAAUGGCUGUAGUUCUUUUGUAGUUCUGCUGUAGUACGGCUGUAGUACGGCUGUAGUACUGCUGUAUUACGGCUGUAUUACGGCUGUAGUACGGCUGUAUUACGGCUGUAGUACGGCUGUAGUACGGCUGUAGUGCGGCUGUAGUACUUUUGUAGUUCUGCUGUAGUACGGCUGUAUAAUGGCUGUAGUUCUUUUGUAGUUCUGCUGUAGUACGGCUGUAGUACGGCUGUAGUACGGCUGUAGUGAGCUCAGGCCCUCCUGUCGUGACUCUCGGGCUCGUUUGUUCCACACAGACUUCCGUUCUACUUUCCCAACUCUGCUCCUCACUCCCACAUCUUUUAUUUAGAUUUUUUUUGGUGGCAAAAACAAAAUCAGAAAAUGUAUUGACCAUUGUUUGGUAACUGUUUUUAGUGCUAUGUUUUUGGAGCGUAAUAUUUUCUAACAUGUUACAAUAAGAUUGUAGUGUAAAAAACACAUUUAUAAAACAAAUAUAUAAAAGAAAUAAGAUAUAUGACAAAUGUAUGUUCUAAUGCAAUAAAGACCAAGACCUAAGAA